AGGAGCCCCCCAAAAGUUUAUGACACUAGUGUGUCUUCUUCUUUGAUUCAUUUUCGCUCGCUCCUUACCUAUUGCAGAUUUGUAAUGGUCUGAAUUUUUCAGACCUCCUUGCGUCCUUGAACCCUUCGACGCAACAGAAAUUGAAACACUAUGAGUACCUUCCAAAAAAACUCUGCGAGUGAUGAAAUGGCACAUUGUAAGUCCAACAAACCCGAUAAGACACGACGUAGUUGGUCAAUGAGAGAAGAUGAGGCGCUACUUGCUGCUUUGAAAGAACUUGUAGUGCAGGGUUGGAGGUCGGAUAACGGCUUCCGAGCUGGAUAUCUUGCAAAGUUAGAAGAGUCGGUAGAGAACAUGUUUCCAGGGACGGAUCUCAAAGGCAUACCACAUAUCCACUUGAAAAUCUCAACAUGGAAAAAGAACUAUAAUUCUCUGUUGUUCAUCUUGGGAAAGACCGGGGUUGGUUUUAACGUCGAUGGGAAGUACAUGAUAGAUUGUGAUUCCAUCCAAUGGGCUGAAAUUAUGCAGGGCGACCCCAACGCACGCAACAUGCGUACUAAGAGUUGGCCCUAUUUGGAAGACUGGAAGGAGAUAUUCAGAAAUGACCGUGCAACUGGUUUGGCAGCGGAAGACGUUGCGGAUGCAGUUAACGAUAUGCAGCACGUGGAUGCCUUUGAUAACGAUGGAAUGCAGGGCGAUUACCAUCCCCAUUUUGAUACCGUGGCAGAGAAUGAUUAAGGCGAUGACAGUGUGUGUCAGCCUGAGAAAGUGGGAGUUGCUGCAAAAGUCUCGAGUAAAAAACGUAAAGCUGAUGAUGCCUUUGACCGACUUUGCAAUAUCAUAGGCGACAUGAGCAAGGAGUCCCAUGAGAGAAUGGACAAGUUAUCAUCGCGUAUAGGGUAUAAACAAGACUUGGGGCAUGCUAGAAAAGAAGUCUUUGAGCAAUUGAGCAACAUGCCUACUUUGACCAUGAACGACAAAUUUGACGCACACGAAAUCUUGGCAGGUGACACGCAAGGGCUUGAAUUGUUUAUGGGACUUCCUGAGGAUGCAAAGCCACAAUUUGUCUUGCGUAUACUCAUGAAUAAGAAACUCUAGACUUGUUAGUUUUGUUUAAGCUAUUUUGGUGUGAUAUUGUGAAGCACAGAGAUGCUCUAGUAAGUUUUUUGAAGCAUGGAAAAUGUCAAUAGUAAGAUGCAGCAAAUGUGGGAUAAUUAGUAUCGAAUACCCUGCCAAAUAUUUUGUGUAGAUAGUAAAAACGU